UCACGCAGCGGCGUCAGUUCGGAGUCGCACAAUUAUGAAAAAGCAACCUUCCGCUGGAGCUGCAGCUAGGGAAGAUCUCACCAGCGACUACUGGACUUUCCUUCCAAGGCUAACAGAAAAGAACACCGCCGAUAGAUGGAUAAUAGCCUCGGAGAAGCUCUUCCUGAGUCUCAACGGUGAAGAGAAUGUCCCAGAAAUCCUGGAUAGAAAGCACUUUCACCAAGAGGGAAUGUGUCCACAUUCUUCCAGUGUCGAAAGACCCCCACAGAUGCCUUCCAGGAUGUCAGAUCUGCCAGCAGUUGGUGAGAUGCUGCUGUGGUCGGCUGGUCCGGCAGCAUGCUGGGUUUACAGCCAGCCUGGCCAUGAAGUACUCGGACGUGAACUUGGGUGGGGGGGCAGAGGGUGGGGUGCAGCCGGAGUUGGAGGAGUGGGCUGUGGACAAACACACAGAGGAGAGCCCUACAGACGCUUACGGCAUCGUUAACUUCCAGGGAGGGUCGCACUCUUACAGAGCCAAGUAUGUGCGUCUGUCCCAUGACAGCAGGCCAGAGAGCAUCCUGAGGCUGAUGCUGAAUGAGUGGCAGAUGGAGCUUCCUAAGAUCCUCAUCUCUGUCCACGGAGGCAUCCAGAACUUUGACCUGCACCCCCGUAUCAAACAGGUGGUGGGGAAGGGCCUGAUCAAAGCUGCUGUCACCACUGGGGCGUGGAUACUGACGGGAGGGGUUAACACAGGUGUUGCCAAACAUGUGGGUGAUGCACUGAAGGAACACUGUUCUAGAUCGUCAAGGAAGAUCUGUACAAUUGGAGUCGCUCCCUGGGGCGUCAUUGAGAACCGCAAUGACCUCAUCGGGAGAGACGUUGUAGCCCCCUACCAGACAUUGCUGAACCCCCUGUCCAAGCUAAACGUGUUGAACAACCUCCACUCCCACUUCCUGCUGGUGGAUGAUGGGACCGUGGGGAAGUAUGGAGCAGAGGUCGAACUACGCCGCCAGCUGGAAAAACACAUCAAACUGCAGAGGAUACACGCACGAAUUGGUCAGGGUGUUCCUGUGGUAGCGUUGAUAUUUGAAGGGGGUCCCAACGUAAUUCUGACGGUGUUGGAGUACCUUCAGGAGACUCCCCCUGUCCCUGUGGUGGUCUGUGAGGGGACUGGCCGCGCUGCUGACAUACUGGCCUACGUCCACAAACAGACUGAGGAAGGGGGGGGUCUACCUGAUGGUGUGGAUACGGAAAUCAUCGCUACGAUCAAAAAGACGUUCAACUUCAGCCACAGCGAUGCGAUCCACCUCUUCCAGACCCUUAUGGAAUGUAUGAAGAGCAAAGAACUGAUCACUGUGUUUCAAAUUGGCUCUGAGGACCACCAGGAUAUCGAUGUGGCCAUACUGAGGGCAUUACUGAAAGGCACCAAUGAGUCUGCGUUUGACCAGCUGGUUCUGACUCUGGCCUGGGACCGGGUGGACAUCGCCAAGAACCAUGUGUUCGUCUAUGGACAACAGCUACUGGUGGGUUCGUUGGAGCAGGCCAUGCUGGAUGCCUUAGUGAUGGACCGUGUGGAGUUUGUAAAGCUCCUGAUUGAGAAUGGAGUCAGCAUGCACAGGUUCCUUACCAUCACACGACUGGAGGAGCUAUACAACACGAAACAGUCCCCUACCAAUCCAACGCUCUUCAACCUUGUAAGGGAUGUCAAACAGGGUAAUCUCCCCCCUAACUACAAGAUGACGUUAAUUGACAUUGGCCUGGUGAUAGAGUUCCUGAUGGGCGGGACUUACAGGUGCAACUACACCAGGAAACGCUUCAGGAUCAUCUACAACAAUCUCCACGGCAACAGCAGGAGGUCAGGUCGCCACUCUGCGGGGCCUGGGUCCCACCUGAGGAAGAGCACAGAGUCGUUCAGUAUCCAGGCCGACAAGAAGGAAAAGACCAGGCACAACCACUUCAUCAAGACUGCACAGCCAUACAAACCCAAGUUGGAGUCGGCGACAGACCAGUCCAAGAAAAAAGCCAAGGAGGAGAUAGUUGACAUCGACGACCCGGAGACGCGCAGGUUCCCGUACCCGUUCAACGAACUGCUGAUGUGGGCCGUCCUGAUGAAUAGGCAGAAGAUGUCUCUGUUCUUCUGGAAGCAUGGGGAGGAAAGCAUGGCCAAGGCCCUGGUGGCCUGUAAACUCUGUCGCUCCAUGGGCUAUGAGGCCAAGAAGAGUGACGUGGUCGACGACACCUCUGAGGAACUCAAGGACUACUCAAAUGAAUUUGGCACCCUAGCAGUGGACCUCCUGGAACAGUCGUUCAGACAGGAUGAAACCAUGGCGAUGAAGCUUCUGACCUACGAACUGAAGAACUGGAGUAACAGCACCUGUCUGAAGCUGGCAGUGUCGUCACGGUUACGACCCUUCGUGGCUCACACCUGUACCCAGCUGCUGCUGUCAGACAUGUGGAUGGGACAACUCAACAUGAGGAAGAACUCCUGGUACAAGGUGAUCCUCAGUAUCCUGGUGCCUCCUGCCAUCCUCCUGUUGGAGUUCAAGACAAAGGCAGAGAUGUCCCACAUCCCUCAGAGUCAGGACGCCCAUCAAAUGACCAUGGAGGAUAGCGAACACAACUUCCAUAACACCACCGACAACAUACAGAUGGACGUGUUCAAGGAGGCGAAGGCGGAUGACAACGUGGAGGUGAAGGAUGAGGCGGAGACACAGGUCCGCUCCCGAAGACUUCCUCUAACCAGGAAGUUCUACGCCUUCUACCACGCCCCCAUCGUCAAGUUCUGGUUCAACACGCUGGCGUACCUGGGAUUUCUGAUGCUGUACUCGUUUGUGGUUCUGGUCCGGAUGCCCGAGUUUCCGUCUCCUCAAGAGUGGGUGGUCAUCCUCUACAUAUUCACCUCCGCCAUCGAGAAGAUACGAGAGAUGUUUAUGUCUGAAGCUGGGAAGAUUAGCCAGAAGGUUAAAGUAUGGUUCAGUGACUAUUUUAACCUCUCAGACUUCCUGGCUAUUGUCACCUUCUUUGUGGGCUUUGGAUUGAGGAUAGGAGGAGAGGAUGUGCUUGUCCCGGGCCGGACUGUGUAUUGCUUGAAUAUCAUCUUCUGGUACGUGAGACUCCUAGAUAUUCUGGCAGUCAACCAGCAAGCAGGACCGUAUGUGAUGAUGAUCGGUAAAAUGGUGGCCAAUAUGUUUUAUAUUGUGGUGAUCAUGGCGGUGGUGUUGUUGAGUUAUGGUGUGCCCCGAAAAGCCAUCCUGUACCCAAAUGAGGAGCCCAGUUGGACGCUGCUCAAAGACGUGGUCUUCCAGCCAUACUGGAUGAUGUACGGGGAAGUGUAUGCAUAUGAAAUCGACGUGUGUGCCAAUAAUAGUGAACCGAAUGUGAAAAACCUGUGCUCAGCUUCAGUGUGGAUCACUCCGUUCCUACAAGCAGUCUACCUCUUUGUCCAAUACAUACUGAUAGUUAACCUUCUCAUCGCCUUCUUCAAUAAUGUGUACCUCCAAGUGAUGUCAAUCAGUAAUCUGGUAUGGAAGUAUCAGAGGUAUCAUUUCGUCAUGGCCUACCAUGAGAAGCCAGUCCUCCCUCCUCCCCUCAUCCUCCUCUCUCACCUAGUCUCUUUCUUCUCCUGCAUCUGUCACAAGAGGAAGAAGGACAGUCACUCUUACGGACCAAAGUUGUUUCUAACGGAGGAGGAUCAGAAGAAGCUCCAUGACUUUGAGGAGCAGUGUGUGGAGACGUACUUCCAUGAGAAAAACGACCAGUUCCACUCAGGGAGCGAAGAGCGCAUCCGCCUCACCUCUGACAGGGUUGAGACGAUGUGUAUCCAGCUGAAGGAGGUCGGAAAUAGAGUGAACUUCAUCAAGCGUUCCCUCCACACGCUGGACUCCCAGAUCGGCCACCUCCAGGACCUGUCAGCUCUGACAGUGGACACCCUGAAGACCCUGACCGCCCAGAGGGCCUCUGAGGCCAGCAAGGUCCACAACCAGAUCACCAGGGAGCUCAGUCUGUCCAAGAACUUUGCCCCCAGCCUGGCCCCCACCCCCCAGGACCCUAACCCCCAAUCCAAGGGGGUCAAACGCAGUGUGGGGGCCUACUUCGGUUCGUCUUUCCCCCAGGUGUCCGGGGUGGUGGUGGGGGGCAACUUGGCUGAUUCUCUGUUUGGGAGUGGGGUGGAAGGGAGGUUGGAGAUGCUGGGGCUGGGGAGGAGGCCUCCUGAGAUGGGAAUGGGGUUGGACUCAAACCCGCCCCUGACGCUCAGUCCCCCAGAGCAAAGAGGAGACUGGGCUGGGCUGGGGAACCAAGCUACUGCUGCUAUAGAGGCUGGAUCCUCCACAGGUGGCAGCGCCAGUGCCAGUCACAGUGCCUUCUCCCUUGUCCCAGCUCCAGCACCCCCUACUGUCAGUCCUCCAGAGCUGCGGCUACGCGGCCACUCCUUCACCCAGUGGCAGCUGACCCGUCCAGAGCAGCCGGGCCUCUCCGACUGCCCCUCCAGCCUGCCCAGCGUGCCCUCUGCUGGGGCUGCUUUCUACGUCAGCUCUACCCCCUCCCAGCCCUUCGGCUCCAGCCACCCAGAACUCAGCCUGCCUCUGCCAGACAAAGACACAACCUCUGCUUCCACCUCUGCCUUUGCUGUAGAGUUUGGUGCGUUUGUUGGUCAUAAAGACAACCUGCCCCUGGACCUGCAGCGCUCCUUCCCCAGAGACAUCUCCGCCUCCUCCAGACAGCUCAGCCCAGCCACACGGCACAGGGAACAGGGUCAUCCUGAAGGCCAAGGUAAUAUGAGGACGGUCAACUCGUACGCUGGCUUCACUGAGUUUGACCGGAGUCCCUCCUUCCUCCACCCAGACUCCUCUCUGAGUAAGAGAGAAAGGAGCAGAGUGUCAGCGGAAGACAUCCUCAUCCAAGAAGACCCCCGAGCUGCACUACUACUGGAGAGGGCUCAGGUCAAGACAGCUCAGGCCAGCAGUCUCAGGGCACCAGGGGAGGACUCAGGAAUAAAUGCUGCAUCAUGUCUCUACAGACACGCCCACCUGGGGAGCAGGAAGGACUCAAAUGUCAUGAGAGGAGAGCUUGCAACAAUUGGUUCCCCGUUCAAGCCAAUGGAAAGCUACCAAUACUCAGCUGUGGAGCGUAACAACCUGAUGAGGCUGUCUCAGAGCAUCCCCUUCACCCCAGUGCCCCCUAGAGGUGAGCCAGUAACAGUAUAUCGUCUGGAGGAGAGUUCUCCCAACACCAUCAACAACAGCAUGUCCUCCUGGGCUCACAAAGGUCUCUGUGCCAAGAUAGAGUUCCUCAGUAAGGAGGAGAUGGGAGGGGGGCUGCGGCGUGCACUCAAGGUGCUGUGUACGUGGUCGGAGUAUGACAUUCUGAAGCCAGGUCACCUGUAUAUCGUUAAGUCCUUCCUACCAGAGGUGGUCCAGACCUGGCAGAGCAUCUACAAGGAGGACACUGUGCUGCUGCUCUGUCUCAGGGAAAUUCAACAGCAGAGAGCUGCUCAGAAACUGACAUUUGCCUUCAACCAAAUAAGGCCCAAGACAAUCCCUUACUCUCCCAGGUUUCUGGAGGUGUUUCUGUUGUACUGUCACUCUGCAGGCCAGUGGUUUGCUAUAGAGGAGUGUAUUACUGGAGAGUUCAGGAAGUUUAACAAUAACAACGGGGACGAGAUUGUCCCGACCAACCUUCUGGAGGAGACCAUGCUGGCCUUCAGCCACUGGACAUACGAGUACACCCGGGGAGAGCUGUUAGUGCUGGACCUACAAGGAGUGGGGGAGAUUCUGACUGAUCCGUCUGUCAUAAAGAGUGGAGAGAAGGGGUCAUAUGACAUGAUAUUUGGUCCUGCCAACCUGGGAGACGACGCCAUCAGAAACUUCCGUGCCAAACACCACUGUAACUCCUGCUGCAGGAAACUCAAACUUCCCGAUCUGAAGCGGAACGAGUACACGCCGGACAAACUGAUGCUGCCUCAGGACGAAUCACACGACCCCGGAAGCGGGACCCGCCCCUCAAUGAGGCUCAUGCUCUGAUCCUAUUGGACAGAGAUAGAGAAAAGAGGCCAGUGCUGUUAUUCUAUUGGCCAAUGCCAUAGAGGAGGAAGGAAGAAGUAGUGCGCAGACCUCAUCGGUCAUGGCUAAAAGGGAUCCAGCUUUUGUCAAAUUAGCUUCAGAUUUGACUUUUCAUAGCAGGUUAGGAGAAUUAGGUUAAUGUUAGGAAAAGAGUUAGGGUUAGCUAAAAUAAAAUAAAACGUUUUACAUUAAUUUGACAAAAGCUGGAUGAGGUGGGUCUAGCCAUGACCCACCUCAUCCAAUCAACUGGAAGAGCCACGCCUGUGUUUCCAUGGAGACCAAUGCAUGCAUGCAGAACUGUGUUACUUUUGUAUCUGUCCUACCAGAAACUGUGUCCAACCAACACCAAUCAGCAACCAAGAAGAUUCUUUUUUUUUUAUGUGUAAAUGGGGAACAAAACUUUUAAAUCUGUUUUUUUUUACUACAAGUUUAUAUGUUAUGAGUGUGUGUGUAUAUAUAUAUAUAUCUAUAUAUAUAUAUAUAUAUAUAUAUAUAUAUAUAUAUAAACAUAAAUGGUUAUUAACAGGUACAAUAUCAUUGCAUAAAGAGACGGUAUAGUACUUAUUCUGAACUAUGAAAAGCCUUGUAUAUACUAAAGCAAAACUAAAGUGCAUUGCCUGUGUCUGUAGGGCUGGACUGUAAGGGUUAACCCGCUGAGAUACAAUUUGCAACACUUUAUACAGAAUGUCACCAGAUACUUUUUUAUAAAUGUAAAAUACCUGUUAUGGCAUUAGUGGUUCAUAUUUAAUGAGAAGACACAUUAAUUAGAAAGUCUUGUAAAAUAUGGGCAGAUUGCAAUGCAACUUUUACAGUACAUAUGUAAUAAUUGUAUUCUGUUGAACUCUUCUAAAAUGUGUCCAUCAAAUAUUGCUGAUAGUUUUUAAAUGUUACAAAGCUGGUACUAUUAUUGUUAUUUCUUUGUCAUCACGUAUUGUAUGAGCAAAUACCAAUCUAGUGUAUCUUAUAGAUACUUAUAUCUGGUACUGAGCAGAAGCAGAUGAUAUUUUAUGCAGGGGAGUGUAAGGUUCUAUUACUCUACAUUUUCUACUGUAUAUUAUUUAAACUAAUAAAAUGAAAAAAUGA